AGAUUAGGAUGGGGCCCCUGUGCUUUUGGGGCCCCCCGGGCAAGGGCCCAUCAGGCCCAUGUACCCCAACUGCCUUGUCCUCACUUCCGGGAAAAUCUGGUUAUUCAGCAACCAGCCCGGUGUAAUCAUUUAUUUAAUCCAUGGUGAGGGUGUUGAAGUUGAUCCUGUUGGCCUGGAAUUUAAGGAGGUUUCUGGAGAAGCAGAAAUAAAAUCUAAAGUUAAAAUAGCCACAAAGGCCAAUCCUUGGGAUGGGAAAACCUUGAAGGCCCAGAGCGUCCGCUCGCAGCUGGAAGAGUCCCUUCAACGUCUACGGCUGCCGAGCGUGGAUCUCUUCUACCUCCACGCCCCGGACCACGAAACCCCCGUGGAAGAAACGCUGCGGGCCUGCGACGAGCUUCACAAAGAGGGGAAGUUCAAAGCGCUUGGCUUGUCCAACUACGCCUCCUGGGAGGUGGCAGAAAUCUUCACCCUUUGCAAAGCCCACCAAUGGCUGCUGCCAACGGUGUACCAGGGCAUGUACAAUGCGACCACAAGGCAGGUGGAGAAGGAGCUGUUUCCUUGCCUCAGGCACUUCGGAAUGAGCUUCUACGCUUACAAUCCCCUGGCCGGUGGGCUCCUGACAGGGAAAUACAAGUACGAAGAUAAAGACUUAAGCCAACCACCGACCGGCAGGUUUUUUGGGAAUGACUGGGCCAGAGUCUACCGGGACCGGUAUUGGAAGCAGCACCAUUUUGAAGGAGUGUCCUUGAUCCAAAGUGCCCUCCGUGAAGCAUAUGGUGCAAAUCCUCCCACUUUGACCUCCGCUGCCCUGCGCUGGGUCUACCAUCACUCAGAACUGCAGGAUAAAUAUGGAGACGCUGUGAUUAUUGGCAUGUCCAACAUGGACCAGUUGCAGGAAAAUCUCCGUUCCAGCGAGGAGGGGCCUCUCGUCCCGAGCGUGGUGGAGGCAUUUGAGAAAGCUUGGCACCUCACGGCGCAUGACUGCCCCAACUACUUCCGCUGAAGGCGUGCCGGGGGGCGGAGGUGGGUCUCAAUUCUUAGGGAAAGGGGAAUUAAACAGGGCUUGCUGCAAGACACGAA